AUGCUGACCUCGCGCACGUUCGUGAAGCGGACCCGCGGCGGCGCCGUGCGGAAGGUGGUGCGCGAGCACUACCUGCGCGACGACAUCGCGUGCGGCCUGGCCGGCUGCCGCCUCUGCGGCCCGGAGGGGGCGGGCCGGCCCUGCCUGGAAGCCCCGCCGGGCCCCGGCAGCGCCGCCAGCAGCCUCUGCCCCCAGCCCCACUACCUCCUGCCCGACACCAACCUCCUGCUGCACCAAAUUGAUAUACUUGAGGAUCCAGUAAUCAGAAAUGUGAUUAUUCUUCAGACGGUUUUGCAGGAAGUAAGGGGUCGGAGUGCACCGGUAUACAAGCGGAUAAAAGAUGUGAUUACCAACCAGGAAAAACACUUCUAUUCUUUCACAAAUGAACAUCAUAAAGACACGUAUAUAGAACAAGAAAAAGGUGAAAAUCCCAACGAUCGCAACGACCGAGCCAUCAGAAUAGCGGUGAAAUGGUACAAUGAACACUUGCAGAAGUUGCAAACUGAAGAGAAAAUACAAGUUAUCUUGCUCACAAAUGACAGAAAAAAUAAAGAGAGGGCUGUGGAAGAAGGAAUAACUGCUUAUACAUGUGAAGAAUAUAUAAAGAGCUUGAUAGCAAAUCCUGAACUUGUGGAUCGACUUGCUUCCUUAAACGAUGAAGGGAAUGAAAUAGAAACUGGAAGGAUCAUUUUCUCAGAGCAUCUUCCCCUCAGCAAACUCCAGCAAGGUAUAAAGUCCAGCCUUUACCUUCAGGGAACAUUCAGAGCCAACAGGGAUAAUUACCUGGAAGCUACGGUCUGGGUUCAUGGAGAUGGAGAAGAGAGAGAGAUAAUAAUACAAGGGCUUAGAAACCUAAACCGAGCAGUGCACGAAGACAUCGUAGCGGUGGAACUCUUGCCGAAAGAUGCCUGGGUUGCGCCAUCCUCGGUGGUCUUACAUGAUGACGAGCCACAGAACGAAGAUGAUGUGGAGCAAGAAGAAGAGAAAGAAAACUGUCUGAAAAGUUCCGUGAGCGGGAGAAUGCUGCGGCCGACAGGCAGAGUCGUGGGCAUUAUAAAGCGAAACUGGAGGCCCUUCUGCGGCAUGCUUUGUAAAUCGCAGAUAAAAGAGGCCAGGAGGCAUUUAUUUACCCCAGCCGAUCGCAGGAUCCCGCGAAUCCGGAUAGAAACCAGGCAGGCUUCCACUCUCGAAGGACAACGGAUUAUCGUCGCUAUCGAUGGCUGGCCGAGGAACUCACGAUACCCUAACGGGCACUUUGUAAAGAAUUUAGGAGCCGCUGGAGAUAAGGAAACAGAGACCGAAGUCCUGUUGCUGGAGCAUGACGUCCCUCACCAGGCCUUCUCCCAAGUCGUUCUCAGCUUCCUCCCCAAAAUGCCGUGGAGCAUCACUGAACAGGAUCUGAAAUGUAGAGAGGACUUGAGGCAUCUGUGCGUAUGCAGUGUUGAUCCUCCUGGCUGCACUGAUAUUGACGAUGCCUUGCACUGCAGAGAGCUGGAAAAUGGCAAUCUGGAGGUCGGCGUGCACAUCGCGGAUGUCAGCCAUUUCAUUCGACCGGGAAAUGCUCUGGACCAAGAAUCUGCAAAAAGGGGUACAACUGUAUACCUGUGUGAAAAAAGGAUUGAUAUGGUUCCAGAGUUGCUGAGUUCCGACUUGUGCUCUCUGAGAUCCAACGUCGACAGGUUCGCGUUUUCAUGCAUCUGGGAAAUGACUCCCAGUGCUGACAUCUUGAAAACCAGAUUUGCAAAAAGUGUAAUUAAUUCAAAGGCUUCUCUUACGUACGCUGAGGCACAAAUGAAGAUAGAUUCCACCAACAUAAACGAUGACAUUACAGCUAGUCUACGUGGACUCAAUAGACUAGCUAAAAUUCUUAAGAAGCGCCGGAUAGAUAAUGGGGCGUUAACUCUUUCUUCACCUGAAGUGCGCUUCCACAUGGAUAGUGAAACCCACGACCCGAUUGAUUUACAGACGAAGGAGCUCAAGGAAACCAACUCCAUGGUGGAAGAGUUCAUGUUGCUGGCCAACAUCUCUGUGGCGCAGAAGAUCUACGAGGAGUUCUCAGAGCACGCCUUGUUGAGGAAGCACCCGGCACCUCCUCCAUCCAACUAUGACAUCCUGGUGAAGGCAGCCAAAUCCAAGGGCUUGGAAGUCAAAACGGAUUCUGCCAAAGCGCUGGCUGAUUCCCUUGACAGUGCAGAAUCACCUUCUUUCCCAUACCUGAACACAUUGCUGCGUAUCUUGGCUACCCGAUGCAUGAUGCAAGCCGUUUACUUUUGCUCCGGAAUGGACAACGAUUUCCACCACUACGGUUUGGCGUCGCCUAUUUAUACACAUUUCACUUCGCCAAUCAGAAGAUACGCCGAUAUCAUAGUGCACCGCCUGCUGGCUGUGGCUAUAGGGGCAGACUGCACAUACCCUGACCUCACCGACAAACACAAACUGGCAGAACUGUGUAAUAAUCUCAACUACCGGCAUAAAAUGGCUCAGUACGCGCAGAGGGCCUCGGUUGCCUUUCACACUCAGUUGUUUUUCAAGAACAAAGGCGUAGUGAACGAAGAGGCCUAUAUUCUGUUUGUACGGAAGAAUGCAAUUGUGGUUCUGAUUCCCAAAUACGGCUUAGAAGGCACGGUCUUCUUCGAAGGAAAGGAUAAGCCCAAACCGGCACUUCUGUACAACGACGAGAUUCCAUCUCUUACCGUGGAAGGCAUAGUCUUCUAUACUUUUGACAAGGUAAAAGUGAAUAUCAUGUUAGAUGCGUCCAACGUUCAACACCAGAAAAUCCGCAUGGCCCUGGUGGAACCAACGAUAUCAGGCAUUAGCGUUCCUGGCCAGGAUGUGCAACUGAGCAGUCAUAAUGAACCUGAGAUGAAAAAGAAGAAACUGGGCAAAUAG